AUGGCUCUUUCCUUUGUGCUGCAAUCAGUCGUGGACGCAACGCCCAUUCAAGCUUUCGCAGCUGGAGCAGCGCUCUGCUCAACCAGCCUGGGAACAACGUUCUCUAUUCUCAAUGCCAGUGGACUAUCAACCACUCGGUUUGGUACAGUCCUGAGCAGUGCGGCAAUGAUGGAUGAUGUUGUUGGCCUAGUCAUGGUUCAGGUGAUCUCCAAUAUUGGAGAGACCUCGGAGUCAUUCAGCGCCGUUACUGUUGUUCGGCCGCUUGCCGUGUCUUUUGGUUUGGCGAUUGCUGUUCUGCUGUCUUGUCGAUUGGUUGCUCAACCUUUGACGACAUGGCUUAAUGGGGUGAGGAAAUCAAGCCCGAAUGGUACUUUAAACACGCUAUGCCAGGCGACGCAUACUGCAUUUAUCAUUCAUACACUGGUGUUGGCAGUGCUUGUUACUGCUGCUACUUAUGCUGGCACUUCCAAUCUCUUUGCUUCUUACCUGGCUGGGGCGUCAUAG